UUCUGUGCUUAUGUUGACAAGUCAAAAUUAAAUUUUCAUAAUACUGCAAAAUCAAUGAAUAUGCACAAUUACUGAAUUAAAAAAGGUGAUAUGCUAAUAAUGAGGUUCGAAACAUAAACAUAAUCAUUAACUCUUGAUCCCUGGGAUUUCCUGGAAAACAAACAACCAGUAUUUAUUUAUGUUGCAAAUAAACGUAUCACCACUUCACAAGAUUUUUGGAUUUUGAAUGUAGAUCGAAAUUGCUGGGCAUUUUCGGGUAAUAUUUACAAAAUGAAUUGUAGAUGGAAGAUUCUAAUAAUUCUUAUUAUAAUAAUAUGGGGUGUUAUUCACUUUGUUUACAAUCGCUCUCUGAAAUUUGAUCUCUCUGACAAAAUAAAACUGACAGUGUACUAUGAAGCAUUGUGUACAGAUUCGAAAUUUUUCAUAACUAGGCAGCUUGGUCCUCUAUAUGAGGAAAUGCCAGACCAUAUCAUUAUUGAGUUAGUUCCAUAUGGUAAAGCUGAGACUAUUGAAUCUGGUGGAUCCAUUUUAUUCCAGUGCCAACAUGAUGAAUUAGAAUGCUAUGCAAAUAAAAUCCAUGCUUGUGUGAUAGACUCUGUAAAGCACCCUUCAAUUCAAUUGAAAUACAUAGCGUGUAUGAUAAGGAAUAACCAGAAACCGGAUGAUAUAGCAGAAAAAUGUGGUAAAAAUUAUAACAUUGAUCCUUCUCCAAUUCUGAACUGUGCAAGGGGAGAGAAAGGCUCACUAUUACUAAAAAAACAUGGAGAGAAAACUCAUGCUCUUAAUCCUCCUGUAAGUUUCAUACCAACAAUAGAAAUCAAUGGCAGUCAAGAUUUAAUCCCUUUGAGUAAAAUAUUGAAGGAUUUGAGACAGACGGUUUGUAAUUUACUCAAGACCAGACCUUCAGGAUGUGAUCGUUAAUGUUUUCCAAUUAACUGUUUUGCUUUCAAUCAUUUAAUGUACUGUAUAUAAUAAAGAACUCAUUAAUG